AUCACAUUCCAUCAGAAAUAUCCAGAUGAAACCAGACGAAAAAGCACUUUAACAAUACUCCUAAACAACUGCUGGGACCACGGAACUCAGAAACACAGCAAGUGAUCAUAUUGGAAAUAUGGCCCAAAGUGACUUCCUUUACCCAGAGAACCCAAAAAGGCGGCAAGAAGUAAAUCGUCUUCACCAGCAGCUCCUUGAUUGCUUAUCUGACAGCUUCAAUGUCACCAAUAAGCUGACUGAGGUUCUAAAUAUGCACUUGGGGUGCAGGCUGGCCUCCAUUGAGAUGAAAAGAGAUGGGACCAUCAAAGAAAACUGUGAUAUCAUCAUCCAAGCCAUUAUGAAAAUCCAAAAGGAAUUGCAAAAGGUUGAUGAAGCACUAAAAGAUAAGCUAGAGCCAACCCUCUAUAGAAAACUUCAGGAUAUUAAGGAAAAGGAAACAGAGAAAAUUGCAAUAGUGCAAAAGGUUAUUUCGGUCAUCCUGGGAGAAGCUACAACUGCAGCCAGUGCAGUCGCUGUUAAACUUGUGGGCUCAAAUGUCACAACUGGCAUAAUUAACAAGUUGGUCACUGUGUUAGCUCAAAUUGGUGCUUCUCUCCUUGGUAGUAUUGGAGUUGCUGUUCUUGGCCUUGGCAUAGAUAUGAUUGUCCGUGCCAUCCUGGGAGCAGUGGAAAAAACACAGCUUCAAGCAGCCAUCAAAAGUUAUGAGAAGCAUCUGGUGGAGUUCAAAUCAGCCUCAGAAAAAUAUAAUCAUGCCAUUACUGAGGUCACCAAUACAGUGAAACACCAAAUGAAAUGAACAGCCAUUUUGCCACUGAAGUGUUUUUCUGCUUCCUUUUCAGUAACAGUAUUUGCUUCUUUGAUUAGGUUCAUUUUCUAUAGGCUUCCAAUAUGGACUUAAAUAGGAUAAACAAUUUGGAGAGGGAAAUUGGAGAUGCCAAGACUAGAUGACUAGAUGAAUUUUGAGUCAACAAUGCCUGGAUCAGCUGGUGCUAGACCCUGUGAGGUAAAAAAAUUUUCUCCCUGGAUGUUUUCACACCCUGCUCUACCAGAUCAACACUGGGGUAAAUGCUAUCGUAGAGUAGCAAGUAUAGGGGUUACUUUUCUCUUUUCUAAUUUCAGUAAAAUUCUUAAAUUUUACAUUGAAUGCAGAGACUUUCAUUUCUACCACCAGCUUCAAACAUCAUUUAGUUAUAAGGGGACAUACUCAGUAAUUUCUGCCUAGACACAAACUCUAGGCCUUUGAAUGAGACAGAAAUACUACCAUAUUUUUGACCAUCAGAGUAAAUCUGGUUUUCUGUAAACUAGAAGAGACUGAAAAAUGGUUUGUAACAAUUUGCUUCAAUUAGGACAGGAAGCUGAUCUGUAAACGUCUACUAAUUACACAAUGUAAACCGGAUGGAUUUGAAAAUGGUAAAAAUCAAAACUAAAAACAUCAAGGUCCUGUUUCAGUCACUGUAAUCAACCCUGACCAACUGUGAUGAUUAAAUAUCGCUCAAGUGAAUGUUCAAACACUGAAACAUUUAAAAGACAAGAAAGCAAAACACAGCUACACAUGAAUAAAAUGCAUUUAGGAUGCAGAAUAGAAGGUCACUACUCAAAGCAUUUGUCAUUUAAAGGAAAGUCAUAAUUUAUUAUGAGUUUUCAGAAAAAAGAAUAUAAUUUCAACACUAGCAAAAAGGAGGCAGCUGCCUUUGCUACAUGACGCAUUAGGUGGGCCAUUUCACUAAUUACCUGAUUUUAGAAAACGACAGAGGCUAUGGAGGCCUAUUACUGGUUCCGCUGAAUCUCUGCAGAUGUGUUUGUUUUCUAAAUCCUUUGCCAACGAAUAAUUCCCAUGAGGACUAUUUUAGUCUAUACUGACAAAAUUAUUAAUAUGCUGUUGAUGCCAGACUGUGUUUGUUAUAGUUGAUUCUCCCAUCCAAGUACAAGAAAUGUAUUGAAAUAAAAACUGCUCAGCAUAUCUUCAAAAUAGUAGCUACAUAAAAAAUUUUAGCUACAUGAAAGACUUUAAUAUUUCCAACAUACACUUUGUUUUCUCUUUCUCUUCUUGCAUUGUUUUUCAAAACGAGUUGCAAAACUAUGACCACUAAUGUGUUGGGAAAGAAAAAAAAACUAGUUGCAAAACAUUACAACUUAGCUUACCUUC